GUCCUGUAGAGAAAGAAUGACGAAUUGUUGUUCCAAAUGGUGGAGAGAUUUUUUCCGACGAAGCUGAGUUACGGCGACGUUAAUCGCCGGCGGGACUACCUCACUCUACUCUCCGGCCCAGUUUCCUCAGGCAAAACCUCUCUGCUUUUUCAGUUUGCUCUCAAUCUCGCGAGCGCUUCUACAGACUCUCGCGUCGUCUUCAUCUGUCACCGGAAAAAACUCGAAUCCAAUCCUCCGUUUCUCUCUCAGGGAAUCGAUCCUUCCUCCGAUGUAUUCAAUCGGAUUCAGAUGAAAUAUGUGGAUGAUGAUGAAGGAAUCAGGAAGUACUUUGCUGCGUUUCAUCUUCAUCAUGUUGAUGAUUCACCAGUUGCUGUUAUAAUUGAUGAUUUUGGUGAUUACUUUACACAAUUGAACUCGGUAACGAGUUCUCGGGCUAGAGAUAUGGCGAUGGUUCGGACUCUUGCUCUAUGCCACAAUGCUAUAGUUGAUGCUAAUAGGAAAGCCUUUUGUGAGCUUGUCUUAUCCGAGACUAACCAUGGAGAUUCCCCGAGGUCGUUGUUCAUCUACAAACGAUGGAUCGCGAAGAUCUUUUCGAUAAAAGCUCAUGGUGAUGGAUCGUUUGUCUUGACAAGUAAUGGUGCAUUCGAGAAAACUGCCAAGUAUUCGAUCGCGCUGCAAUAUCUUAUCUUGGAGCAGAUGAUUGAUGCUUGAUGAUUGAUUUAUCCGUUUCUUAAAAUUCUUGCUGUUUUGAAAAGUUUUGCAAAUUGGUAAUUUGCAUUAUUAGGUUCUUAAUAUGAAAUUGUCUUUCUUAGCUUAAUUUUAGAAAACAGAAAGAAAAGUGACUCUAGCUAGCUUUGCGACUCUCAUAGAAAGAAAAGUGAGCCUCUUUGCUCUAUUUGCUCGCAAGCUUGGGUCAGCUUGGGAUCUCAUAUUCUAAUUACAGAAUUUGAUUUUGAUUGUCAAAGUGAAAUUGAACUAUAGGUAAUAAGCA